CGUGGCAUCAUUGCCUGCAUUGUACUGCUCAUGAUUAACUCUCUCACACCCUUUGAAAGUGAAGGAGGAAGUGUUUGGAGGGAAUUUUCUUGGUUUCAAAAUGACCACAGUUUUUACUUUCAAUCUGAAUCACAAGAUUCUACCGGGCAAAGUGACUCUGGGUUGCUAUGACGGGAAGCAUCCUUGCCUCACGGCAGCCACCACAGCAGAAAAGGUCCUGAUCCACAAUCCUCAUCAUACUUUCAAUUUGGAGGGGGACCGAGUGACGCAGAGCUCUUCCCAUCAAGAUAUAAGUCUACUGAACAUCAAUCAGAGUGUGAAGGCCAUUUGUGCCGGGAGGCUUGCACCUUUCCAUAUGGGAGACGUACUAAUAGUGGGCACCCCAACGAGUGUGCUUGCUUACAACGUGCUGGACAAUUCAGACAUCUUUUACAAGGAGGUUCCAGAAGGUGUCAAUGCUGCAACAAUGGGGCGACUUGGGGAAAUUCCUGACCUUUUGGCUAUUGUGGGUGGGAAUUGUGUCCUUCAGGCAUUCAAUUUUCAAGGCAAUGAUCAAUUCUGGACUGUCACUGGGGAGAAUGUCUGCUCGUUGGCCCUUGUGGACUUUGACGGAGAUGGAACAGAUGAGCUACUAGUUGGUUCUGAAGACUAUGACAUUCGAGCAUUCAAAGAAGAUAAUGUCAUGGCUGAGAUCACAGAAACUGAAGCAGUGACUAAGUUGGCACGGCUGAGUGAAACUCGCUUUGCGUACUCCCUAGCUAAUGGGACAGUUGGGGUGUAUGACAGGAUGACACGAUGCUGGCGAAUCAAAUCCAAGAAUCAGGUUGUGGCCAUUCUUGGCUUUGACAUCAAUGGGGAUGGGGAGCUGGAAUUAAUCACAGGAUGGAGCAAUGGAAAAAUUGAUGCUCGCAAUCAACGUUCAGGGGAAGUGGUCUUCAAGGAUCAUCUCAGCUCUUCAGUUGCAGGGAUUGUUGAUGCAGAUUAUAGACAGGAUGGGAAGCGACAGCUGCUUGUUGUUUCUGUGGAUGGAGAAGUCAGAGGUUAUGAAGCUGGAGACAUCCAGAGUCAAGCAAGGGCAAUGAUGACCAUGAACUUGGAGCAAGAGACUUUACGUGAGCUGAACCAAAGAAGACAGCAGCUUCUCUUGGAAUUGAGAAAUUAUGAAGCCAAUACACGUAUUGGAAGCAGUGAUGCUUCUUCCCAAGCACAUUCAAAUCAAGAUAUUGGGAUGAUACCGGUAUUCUGUGCUUUGUGUUUCCUUAUUCUGCACAAAACAUGCAUGGCUGUGCACCUUGCACUCUGCAUGCUUGGCAAACACACAGUUGCAGACUGGUCUAGCCAUAAACAUGGGUGGAAAUGGAAAGAAGGCUCAUGUGGAAUUGGCACUUCAAACAACAAAUGAUACAAUCCUUCGAUGUGUCAUGGUCUUUGGAGAGGGUGUCUUUGAAGGAGAAAGCCAUGUUGUUCAUCCUAAGUUGAGGGAACUCUCGUCAGAGUUGCGUGUCCCUCUAUUCCCUCCCAGGGAUGUUCCUAUUGAUCUUCACAUCAAGGCACUUGUGGGGAGCAGGACAGGCCAGCACUAUCAUGUCUUUGAAUUGACCAGACAGCUCCCACGAUUUGCUACCUAUGCUCCUGUUGAUCCUCUAUCAGCACCUGAACCACAUGGAAAGGCCACUUUUCUUCUCCAUGAACGACUCCCUCGUAUUGCAAUGUGGCUGAACCAGACCUUCUUGUUUCCGGCGGAAAUAAUUGCUUCACCGGGUCAAGUACUUGAGAAGCAUUUUCUUGGACUUCGCACUUCCUUACCUCUCAUUCUUCGUAUUGGGAUUGAUGGAAAGGCUGAGGUUCUGACUGAUGAUAUGGACAUUGCUGGGGAUGUGAUACAGUCUCUGGCCAGUUUCCUCAAUCUGGAAGAUCUUCAGGUGCAUGCAGACUUUCCAUCUGAAGCCCAGAAGAUUGAGACCCUUCUCCAAAAAGCAGAUGAGCUGCAGGCUGUGCGUGAUCGGCUUAGUACAGACAUGGCUGAUAAUGCUGGCAUCAUUCGGACUCUGGUUAUUCGAGCUGAAGAUGCUCGCAUCCUCAGAGACUGGGCCUCAAUGAAGAAAUGGUAUCUAGAACUGGCAGGAGCAAAUCGAGAGCUGGUUAAUGCAUACACGAUUCGUUACACCAAUAGCACUGAGCUCUCUGAGACCUUGAAGCAGGUGAAUCAAAUAGUUCAGCGUGCAGCCAAGCUUCGAGUGGGUAAGUACAAGGCAUUGGUGGUGAAUGGGUGUCGUGCAGCCAUUCGAGACAGCAACACCAACCUUCUUGUCCGUGUCAUGAUGAAUGGAGAGGCUUGACUGCAUAUACUUCCUUCUUGGGUUUGAUCUAGUCAUAAAUUUCACUGUUAUAAUCUUGCUGAGUUAUUUGUAUUCGUGGUUAUCAGCAUUCAUAAUUUUACAAUGCUGGACUAGAUUAUUUUGAUUGCAGAUCCCACUAAUGUUUUAUGUGAG